AUGCAUGCAUCGCUAGCACUACUCCUGCUCCCACUUGGGGCAUUAUCAUUGCCAUUUGAAGAUUCUGUACAAACAGUCGAGGCUUCCCUUGGCAGACGAUGCGGUAGAAGUCCUUGCAAAGGCGUUCCUAGCACAAACACACCCGAUGCCCUCUGCAAUAACAAAUUCCUGGGACCGAAGGUCCUCACGGCGGCGGAUGACCCCGAAUGGUCUGAAAUGUUCAAGGGAUACAGCCCUCUCGGGUCUUACUGCCCAAAGGACUUCCUCCUAGAAUUUGCUCCUAGUGGCAAGCAAUACGAUUAUCCUGAGCAGGACGGCGCGCUGUUGGACUCGGUUGGUGUGCCGGUUACGACCGAAUACACCCUGGAGGAAGGAAUGGAACUCGAUCGGUUCGGAACUCAGUAUGGAGGCUACUUGGCGCCAAGGGGAACUCCUUUCGCCUGGAGAUCCAUUCCGCCAAGCAACUUGAACAAGUAUCCCAACAGUCCAGAAUACAACUACUGGGUAUGGAGGGUCGUCGAGAGCUUCAACGUCACGGGUGGGCCAAUCGCACCUUUCUUUGGGCAACCAGGUUAUGGCUUGCAGUUCUACUACGAGGGUGGCUUGAAACUGUUGGAAGACCAGGGAGUUAUCGAGCUUGUUGAUAAGAAGCAGUGCUCAUGUGAGGUCCCGCGCGACGACUUGAAAUAA